UUUUUCCAGAAAUUAACAAAAGGUCCAUGUGCCAGGACCAGGACCAACCUGCUUUAUAGGCCACAAUUUCUGACAAAUUUUGCUUCAUCUAUAGUAGAAAAUUUUACAGAAAAAUAUACAAAACAAGGUGCCAAUAAUUUCUAGGGCGGUCCAAAUUGGCAUAUAAUGAGCUUGCAUAGUAGUUAGCCAUAGCAUAGAGACAUGGUCCUAAAGUCUGGCCUGAGAUGAAUAUAAAAUGGACUAAUCUUCUUCUGGCUUGUUUUCUUCAGAAUCAUGGGGGUUACACAGAGUUACAAAUUGCUGCAAAUGGAAUAACUUGUUUUCUUCAGUGGCUUCUCUCUACCUCUCACCUGAAAUCAACUUGUAAUCUUCAUGAGCUUGCAUUGAAUUGAUACUUUGAUAAAGAUGGAUGGGAAAAACUCUCUACAAAUAACUAGAAGUGGUACUGGUGCUUAUGAUGAUGAUGGACAUGCCAAAAGGACUGGGAAUUUGCAGAGUGCUGUAGCUCAUAUCAUUACUGCUGUUAUUGGUUCUGGUGUUCUCUCUCUUGCAUGGAGCACUUCUCAGUUAGGAUGGAUUGGAGGGCCAGUUGCAUUGCUUUGUUGUGCAAUUGUUACCUAUAUUUCUUCAUUCCUCCUGUCUGAUUGCUACAGAACUCCUGAUCCUGUCACUGGGAAAAGAAACUACUCUUACAUGGAUGCUGUUAGAGUUUAUCUUGGUUAUAAAAGGACAUGUGUAGCUGGCUUCCUUCAAUUUUUGACUUUGUAUGGUACUAGUAUUGCUUAUGUACUAACCACAGCAACUAGUCUGAGUGCAAUUCUGAGAUCAAAUUGUUAUCACAAGAAAGGGCAUGAAGCUCCUUGUAAAUAUGGUGGCAAUCUGUAUAUGGCACUGUUUGGACUUGUUCAGAUUGUAAUGUCAUUCAUACCGGAUCUCCAUAACAUGGCAUGGGUUUCAGUUGUUGCGGCACUUAUGUCCUUUACAUACUCAUUCAUUGGACUAGGACUUGGCAUAGCAACGGUCAUAAAAAAUGGAAGAAUUAUGGGAAGCUUGACAGGAAUACCAACUGAUAAAAUUGCUGACAAAUUUUGGUUAGUCUUCCAAGCACUUGGUGACAUUGCCUUUGCCUAUCCAUACUCCAUUCUCCUUCUUGAGAUCCAGGACACUCUAGAGUCUCCUCCACCAGAAAAUCAAACCAUGAAAAAGGCCUCCAUGGUUGCAAUCUUCAUUACAACAUUCUUCUACCUGUGCUGUGGAUGCUUUGGAUAUGCAGCUUUUGGAAAUGAUACACCAGGAAACCUCUUGACAGGGUUUGGCUUUUUUGAGCCUUUCUGGCUCAUUGACCUUGCUAAUGCUUGCAUCAUUCUUCACCUGGUGGGAGGAUAUCAGAUUUACAGUCAACCAAUAUACAGUACUGUUGAUAGAUGGGCUUCAAGAAAAUUCCCCAACAGUGGCUUUGUGAAUAAUUUCUACAAAGUGAAACUGCCUUUGCUUCCAGGUUUUCAGCUAAAUCUUUUCAGGUUCUGUUUUAGAACAACCUAUGUGAUCUCAACCACUGGUCUUGCAAUCUUUUUUCCUUACUUCAACCAAAUCCUAGGAGUGUUAGGAGCCAUAAACUUCUGGCCAUUGGCUAUAUACUUCCCAGUAGAGAUGUACUUUGUACAGAACAAAAUUGCAGCUUGGAGUAGCAAAUGGAUUGUUCUUAGAACAUUCAGCUUUGCUUGCUUUCUUGUCACUGGAAUGGGCUUGGUUGGCUCACUUGAAGGAAUAGUAAGUGCCAAAUUAAAGUAGCUGAAAGAUUUAUGCCACUCCCCUUAGUAAUGCUUACUAUAUUUGAGUUUGUAGCUAGAUUGAUGGUUGUAUAAUGUUUCAUGUAAAAAAGUUUAAAGUUGAUGCUAAGAUUGUUGAGAGUUAGAUAGGGAGUAAGCAAUUGUGGGGGAUUUCUGAAAGUGAAUAAAGUGGUACUGUAGUCUUUGGAAUAAUACAAGUUUUGUUUUAUGCAGAACUCACCUCAAAGGAGAGAGUUCAAACGAAUUUGUAGUUUGAUAUUGAUGUUAUUGUGCUGUA